AUGGCGGAGCCGGGCCCGGCGUCGCUGUCCCGGCGGGCCUGGGCGGCGGUGGCGGCGGAGGCGGCGGGGGCGGCGGCGGUCUACCUGGACGGGCCCAGCGCCGAGAGCCUGCACUGGGCCGGCGAGGCGGAGCGGCUGGCGGCGGCGGCGGGGGGCCCGGGGCGGCUGCGCGCCUUCGGGCCCCGGGCGGCGGCCGGCGGGCCCGACGAGCGCCGGGCCCUGGUGGUGCUCCACGGCGCCCCCUGCGGGCCGGGCCUCGCCGCCCUGCGGGGGCUGCUGCGCCGCGGCCGCUUCGAGGACUGCGUCCUGGCCGCCCCCCCGGACGACGAGCGGGCCGGGCGGGCCGGGCCGCCGGUCCCCGGGCUGCGGACGCUGGCCGCCCCGCUGCCCCCGCUGCUGCCCGUCGGGCCGCACCUCGCCCUGCUGCCCCCCGCGGGGCCCCGCCGCCUGGCCGGGGCCCUGGCCGCCCUGUGCGACGCGCUGGGCGUGCGGGAGGAGCGCUUCGCCCUGGGCGGCGGGAGCCGGGCCCUGGCCGGCCGCCUGGCCCGGGCCCCCGGGAGGACCCCCGACGCGCCCGCGCGCCCCGACGCCGCCCUGCUCUGCCUCGACCGGACCCUCGACCUCGCAGGAGCCGUUGGGCACCACGGAGACAACCUUGUGGAUAAGAUGCUUUCCAUCCUGCCCAAGCUGCCGGGACACACCAACGACGUCAUGGUUGACAUGCUGGAGCUCACCGCCCUGCGGCCCGGGGACGAGGAGACCCGGGCCACGAUCGCCCCCGGCUGCUUAGCCCAACCCAACGACGCGGAGGCCAAAGCCCUGUGGGAAUCCUUGCUGACGCUCAAGCAGAAGGAGGCCGUGAUGGAGGUCCGGAGACAUCUGGUGGAGGCCGCCAGCAGAGAGAACCUCCCCGUUAAGAUGAGCCUGGGGAGAGUGACUCCCGGGCAGCUGCGGUCCUACAUUCAGCUAUUCAAGAGCAACCCCAAGGCCCUGGAGAACCACUGUGGGCUCCUGCAGCUGGGCCUGGCCACCGUGCAGACCUUAGAGCACCCCCACGCCGCCAAGUGGGACAACUUCCUGGCCUUCGAGCGACUCCUCCUGCAGAGCAUCGGCGAGGGGGAGACGCCCGGCCUGCUGGACCAGCUCCUGCCCGCCGUCAAGCCGGCCGACCGGCGCACCGCCGGCGACUUCGCCCCCGAAGACCUUCUGGUGCUGCUGGUGUACAUCUACUCGGUGGCGGGGGCCGUCCGUGUCGGCCCCGAGCUGGAGGGCGCCGAGGAGCGGUUGAAGGCGGCCCUGGCCGACGUCCUGUGCCGGGAGCCGGUGCCGUCCCCGCUGUGGCAGAAAAUCACAGGGUGCGAGUCUUCGCUGAAGCUGACCUAUCCUAAGGCCAAGACGGUGAUGGACGAGCUGUUCAGGAAGCUCCGGGCCGUCAGCGGAGCGCGCUCGGCCCUGAAGCAGUUCGGUUCGAUCUACACCCCGGGGGACCACGCCCACCAGGCCUCGUACAAGCCGCUGCUGAAGCAGGUCGUGGAGGAGAUCUUCCGUCCCGACCGCCCGGAUCCCGUGGAUAUCGAAUACGUGUCUUCCGGCCUGACGGACCUCCUGAAAACGGGAUUCAGCAUGUUCAUGAAGGUGAACCGGCCCCACCCCGCUGACUACCCGCUCCUCAUCCUCUUUGUCAUCGGCGGCGUGACCGUCGCAGAAGCCAAGAUGGUCAAGGACCUCGUGUCCGCUCUGAAGCCCGGCACCCAGGUCCUCGUGCUGUCCACGCGCCUCCUGGACCCCCGGUCCGUUCCCGAGCUGCUGUUCGCCACAGACCCUCUGCCGCCCGACCUCGAAUUCUGAGCCACCGCCGACCUCCUCCUCACCCCCUCCCGUCCCCGUGCCCCUCCCGAGCGGUUCGGCCGGCCCGGGUGGGCACCGGGCCAUUUGACUCAUCGGAGGGUCCGGCCCAGAGAAGGACUCCGGGGCGGCGGGUCAGCUGGGCCCCCCGUUUUCGGACAGAGCCGCGCGGAUGGAGCGGGUGGGUGGAGUGGGCCUCCCUCCGUCUGCGUGGAGGUCUUGAUGGGGGGGUCUCCCCUCCCUACCCCCCGGUGAGUGGAUCUAGCCCCGCUCACGCCUGGGCCCCUCGUUCCGGGCUGAGCCGCCCCCAGCCUGGAGGGGGUGUUCGGGGAGGGGCAGAAGAGCUGGGGGCAGGAAGGCAGGAUCGGUCUGGGGGAGAAGGAUGGAGCUGAGGUGUUUCCCUGUGGGUUGGGUGAGUUCUGGAAAUAAACCCCUUCCCCCUCACCAACCUUCCCAGA